AUGAAUGAAGUUAUAAAGAAAUAUGGCAGUUUAAUACCACUUGAAAAAGAUGUUCUGGAGAGAUUGAAAGAAGUUAAUGAAGAUUUCUCCCAUAGAAAACCUUUUAUCACCAGAGAAAUCAUGAAAUAUCAAGAAAAACAUCCAAAACCCUCCACUUACAAUUUCCAAGUCUCCUAUAAUAAACACAUACUGGAUAUGGAUGAUUUAACUACACUGGAAGGCCAAAACUGGCUGAAUGACCAAAUAAUUAACAUGUAUGGUGAACUCAUAAUGGAUGCAGUUCCUGAAAAAGUUCAUUUCUUUAACAGUUUUUUUCAUGAACAGCUCGCAACCAAAGGAUAUAAUGGGGUAAAACGAUGGACUAAAAAGGUAGACUUAUUAAAAACUCUCUUAUUAAUUCCUAUUCACCUGGACGUCCACUGGUCCCUCAUUGCUGUGAACAUCCCCAGUCAAAUUAUUUCAUUUUAUAAUUCCCAAGGCGUUCAUUUUCAGUUUUGUGUGGAGAACAUUCAACAGUAUUUGCUGACUGAAGCAAAAGACAAGAAUCACCCUGAGAUCCUUCAAGGUUGGCAGACUGCUGUGACAAAGUGCAUUCCACAACAGAAAAAUGACAGUGAUUGUGGAGUUUUUGUGCUCCAGUACUGCAAGUGCCUCGCCUUAGACCAGCCUUUUCAGUUCUCCCAAGAAGAUAUGCCCCGAGUGAGAAAAAGAAUUUACAGGGAGCUGUGUGAACACCAGCUAAUAGACUAAUA